AUGAGAGGACGAAGGCGAAGGAAGUGGGUGGUGGCGGCCUAUCCCUCGACUCUACCCGCCCCCUCCUCUCGUCUGCUCAACCUCAGCCACCUCCGACCCGCUCUCCCGUCCGCCCCGCUCUCUCCCCGGACCCCCGCUCGUCUCACCCGCAUCUUCCACUCGACGUCGCGCUCGCCUACUCGCUACAGCUCGACACCACCCACCAUCCCGGCACGUCCUCCGCCUCCUCCACCUUCGUCAACACCUCUGCCUCCGACGCCUCGUCCGCCGUCACCACCACCACCGCCGCCGCCUCCGCCUCCUCAACCUCCUCACGCCGCUCCUCCGAGUCCUCGCGCACCAGGCCCAGCGCCAACCGCCGUGACCGCAACCGCACCCCGCAGGACCGCUCCAAGUCCAUGUCCGCGGUGA